AUGGAAAGCUUCUUAGAACACCUAGAGCAACUCAAACACGAAUUUUCACAACUACCAGACGUUCAUCUUUCAGAAGCAAUAGUACUUCCAGAACGUAUGGACGCAGCAGUUGAAGAAAUGACACAAAGUGUGAUAUUUAUUGAGGAUAACUUCCAAAAUACACAGGAAGAAUGUCUAGUGGAUAUGGGAAAACAUAUGGUGGAAGAUUUCUUGGAUCCAUCCGCCGCUGAUUUUCUCGGUCACCUGGAGCCGUCUACGUCAUCGCAGGAUUUCAUCUACUAUGAUGACGUGGCAUUAGACACUACUACGUCAUCGUCGUUCGUCACGUCACAACCUAGAGAAUUGUACUGUUUUACGUGUGGAGAUGCAUUUAACAAUCGGAAAGGGCUUUACAGACACGGAAAAACCGCCGAACACGCGACACGACCUCCUCGCCGAAAAAUUGAGCGAAAAAUUCAAAUUCCCGCCGAACCGCCAGAAAAACCACCGGAAAUUCCGAAAAAAUCGAUAAAAAUCUGCGGGGAAAAAUCGAUUUGUGCGGAAUGUUCGGGGAGUUUUCCUAAUCGAAAAGCACUUUACAGACAUGGAAAACAAACAAAUCAUCAGACACAUUUUCAACGUGGAAUGAAUAUUAAAGGAGGAUCAAUUCGAUGCGAGAAAUGCGAAUAUAGCAGUGAUAGUGAAAAGAACUUGAAACGACAUUGUCAGAGAAAUCAUUCGAAAUUUUCUGCAAUUUCUGAUGAGAUUUUAUUGUAAAAUUCUAGUUUUUCAUCACCUUUUACCUCGGGUAGCAACUUUGCAGAGUUUUAGUGCAAAAUUCCGUCAAGUCCGGUGUUUUGAGUACGGUAGUCGGUGUUUGCGUGCUUUCGGCGCUACAGUACCCAAAAUUUCUCAAAUUUAACUCUAGAAGCCUAUAAAUAGACGGAUUAGCUCAGAAUUCGAUAAAAAUUUCGAAUUUUUCAGUAAAGUAUACAAAUACCAAAUGUUAACUGCGGAAAAUACCAUAAAAUUCUAAAUGCUUGAAAUUUCAGCAUUUUUUGAGAUUUUUUCAACCUUUGCAGUGUGAAGUACCCGAAAAUGUUCAAAUUCAGCGCUAGAAUACCGGGAAAAACGAUUCUCACUCAGAAUUCGACGGGAAAUUCGAAUUUUGCACAUUAAAACAUGAGAAUUCUCAAUUUUUAGUGUCGAAAAUCAAUAUAAAUCCAAAAAUCUGAAAUUUCAGCAUUUUCCGAAGUUUUAAACAUUUUUUCAGUGUGAAAUUCGAGCUCUCCGACGAAUUUCACAUCUAUAUCAUUCUUUUCAGCGUUUUUGUGCAAAAUUCCGUAGAAUCCGGUGUUUGCGUACUUCCAAAACUACAGUAACCCAAAUUUCUAGAUUUUGGGCUAGAAGCUCCAGAAAAAAUGUAAAAGGCUCAGAAUUUAAAGGAAAAAUUGAAUUUAAUAUGAAAUUUAUGGAAUUUUCAAAAAUAAAAAAAUUUGGAAAAAAAUUAUUUAUCUUUUCUUUUUUGUAUUGUUCCAGUGUAUAUAUUGUUUUAUGAUCUCUGAUUAUUGUUCUCUUAUCUGAUAUUUUUUUGUGAUAAAGAAAAUGUCAUCAUUUUUUCCCGCGUUUCUGUGUGUACUUUGUAUGUUAUUUUCCCCGGGAAUAAACUUUUUUUCUGCAAA